AUGGUCGCUGGUGCUGCUGUAGCUGCAGCUGCUAUGGCUGGUAGAUAUGGUAUACUGGCUUGGCAAGCCUUCAAGGCGAGGCCACGCAUGCCUAGAAUGCGUAAGUUUUAUGAAGGUGGUUUCCAAGGUUCAAUGACACGGCGCGAAGCUGCUCUGAUUCUUGGAGUUAGGGAGAGUGUUGUGGCGGAGAAGGUGAAGGAAGCUCACCGGAGAGUGAUGGUUGCAAAUCACCCGGACGCUGGAGGCAGUCACUAUCUUGCUUCAAAGAUCAAUGAAGCUAAAGAUAUGAUGCUCGGGAAAUCCAACAACACCGGUUCUGCCUUUUGA